AUGAACCUACUCACUGAUCGGUACUUGAACUAUCGUUCAUUUCACCACCCAUCAGUGCUGAGAUUCAUCAACAAGACGUUGGUCAAACGAGCCCAUGAGUUUAGUGACCAGAUCUACCAGAGAGGUGAGCUUGAGCAUAUCAAACUUGUAUUGAAAUGUAACAACUACCCCUCACAUAUGAUCUGCACUGAGCUUCCGCCCUCGCGGAACCCUCAUGUAGCACAGCCCAUGGCGAGAGUCGUUCUUUCCUAUCUUGGAUCAGCCUCUCACAAGAUUCAGAGGAUUUUGAGAGAAGCCGACAUUGAGUUUUGUAAUAGCUCCUCAAAUAAGCUUCAAUCUGCCUUCACUACCCACAAGGACAAACGCAACUCCAAGGACCUCCUUCGAGUUUACCGAAUUCCCUGUGAAUGCGGUAAAGUUUGCAUCGAUCAAAUUUUUGUUAGGGUGGACUUGUCCUUUCAGGAACACAAGGCCCAUGGUAGGAGAGACGAGAGGGACAAGUCUGCAAUCAUCGAUCAUGCUCGCACGCAUGAUCAUCGGAUUCUCUGGCAUCAGUGGACUGUCAGAGAAGCGUUGGAGAUUGGGGAACAUAACACUGUUCCUCAAGACAGCGGCCUCCAACUUAGCAAUAUCUCGCUUACUAUUCUAGACAAAGAGGCUAAUUAG